AUUUAAAGUAUUUUUUCGUUUAACUUUUUAAGUUUCCAUGUAGAAAAAAAUCCACAAGAUGUCGCCAACAUUUAGAUAAAAGAAAAGCGUGUCCAGUACUUGCUGGCUACUUUCAUCUAUGUGCCUGAUUUUCCAUGAUUUCGUUUCUUUUCUUACAUUUUACGUUACAACCCGUUUGAUGUAGGUAAUCACUAAUAUAUUGGGAAGAUUUACUCUUCAGAACCCCAAAGGGAGAAAAUGUAGCCUGUUGAAUGUACGCGUUAUGGGUCCUGUCUGAGUGUAUUGAAAGCAAACUGAAGUCUGGCCACUCUAUCGAGUCAGAAAAAGACACGACGAAGGAGGCGCUCUCCACACUUCACUGAGGGAGAACACGAAAUGUGGACACUGGUUAAGGGACACACGGUGACUACUGAUGAUGGAGAGCCAUUUACCUUAUCUGCCUUUAGAAAGUCAGUUAUUUUAACCCUUCAGUGUCCUCCUUUGGACAGGAAAAGCUAUCAUGGGAGACGCGCGGCACUUCGCACGCGUCUGGAUUGAUGGAGAACCGGAAAACUUCGCAGUGGACGAAGAACAUCACGAACAUGCGUGUCCAGCGCGGUAGAACGAUGAAACGAGGACCAAAUACACUGUAACAAAGACUCCCAUUAGGGGCCAUUUAUAAACCAGCCUAUGCCAUGAGAACUCAGAAGUCCCGCGGCCGGACGUCAGCUACACAUUCCCGACAACGAUUGCCACGUUUCAGUCUUCACUCCAGGAGGAAGAAGGAAGGCGUAAUCCAGGGAAAGCUGCGUAUCCGUUCCAUGCCAGGAGCCUUUUUGGUACUUGGGGUGGUGGUUGUUGUUGUUGGCACUGCACUUGCUGUGGCAGGCUACUGGCCAUACAGAGCUCAUCGAUCAUCUUUGGACACGGUAGAGGAAGGAUCCUCUGGAACUGCAUCAGGAUGGGGAUUAGGGUCCAAAGGACUGUUUUCUGCAGCAAGUCUGGUUCAUAGCGAAAGGAUGAAACUACUCGGACCUGUCAUUAUGGGAGUGGGACUUUUCAUACUUAUUUGUGCAAAUACGGUACUCUAUGAGAAUCGGGACAGGGAAACUCAAAUGCUUUUAGCACAGAUGCGGAGCGUCAUUUGCUCUGUUUCUGCAGCUGUGCCUUCGGCAGACCUCUUACAGGUGAAUUCUCUCGCCAGGCACUAUCAAUGGGUCAGCAGUUUGCCCGCAGCCCACCUAAACAUCCUCUGCUUGCAGGAAAUGUCCAGUUCAGAGCCUCUACUCCAAGUGAAGAGCAUGGAUGAGGAGGACAGCAUUCAGCAGCAGGACACAGUGCACACUGAGGUUCUUCAUCAUCAGGACUCCUCCUCUACCCCCUCUGUUCACUCCUCUAACUCCUGCAACAAUAGCAAAGAGGUUUUAUGCAUGGACGAGCAGAGGACAACCUCUGCACUCGACCUGCGGCAAGAAAGUCACUUUGCACUCAGUAACUGUAUGACUGCGUCCUCUAUGUCCACACUGGGUGGAGAGGAGUGUGAAAUCUUCCCCAUCCCGCCCAGACGCUCCUAUAGCAUGAACCACAGGACUAAACCCCAAAUACUGCCAAGGAAUCUGGUCCAUCCAGAGGACAAGUCUGUGUCUUCCAUGGGUCAUCAUAGACUGCUUCCAAGACAAUCCAGCUCAGAGGUGUGCAUUAACAUGGUUGGAGUAGACAUUAAAACCCUUGACCUUAUACCUGUGGAAGAGCAGAGGCACCGCAGCUGGCCUCGGCUAGACCUCGGAAGUGCAAGGAAGUAUCUGAAGCUCGAGAACAAAGAGGAUUCUGUGGAAAAGUUACUGGACCAGCUUGAGCAACAAUGCUUACAGAUGAACAAAAGCUAUGGCUCAGGUCCGUUUCAGUGAGCUGAGGUUUAAUCAUUACAUCAAGGUUAAUGGAUUGGCAGAUCUCACGGGCAUAAGGAGUAGCUUGACAAAGUGACAUAAACUUGGAAUAACCUAGUGGGCAAGUUUCCAAUGGAUGUUGUUUGCAGUUUCUGGAAUCCCUUGAAGCCAACUAAUUGCUCAUUUCCAAGACCUAGCCAUUCAUCUCACUUGACUAGUUUUUUAAAAACUAGUUUGUUCUGAGAUUAGUGGAGUAUGGAAAUUUCACUUGAAAGAUUAUCAACAUCUGCAACAAGCUAUUACACUCAUGCUGUGGAAUUUAAACAUACGUUCUGAAGGAUUUUUUGGGAUGGAGGUAUUUUACACGUUUGGGAAAGUGCUAGUCUAUGAUGUCACAUUUGACUGGAUGGAUCUCACAGUUUAUGUGUAAAAGGCCAACUGGAGGGAUCAGUUUGUUUUUGUUGCUCAAGCUCUACUUGCUACUAGGAUACAGUAAGCAGCAUUUCUUAAUCUGCAAGGUAGAAUAAACGAAGACCUCAGCAGUGGCUAGAUUCAAAGUAAACACAUUUCUGACUUCCGAAUUCAGGUCAGCCAAAUGUAUGGCUCCAGUUUUGAUAGUUUUAAGGGCCAAAAAUGGACAAUGCUGAUUAUUUGACCAAAAAAAAAAAAAAAGAUUCAUCAAAGCAGUGUCUACGAUUGGAUUGUCCAUUAGAAUUUAUUUAUAUAGUUACAAAUUAUGGUAAAUCAACCUCAGUUGCAAUGUGUGUAAAAGUUUAUGGCUUCCCUGAGUGUCUGUUAUCCUCGUAUCUCACCUUACUUCUAUCUCUGCCUGGUGGCAGUAAAACAGAUGCACUUAUUAUGAGGGUCCAGUGCUCUUUCGGCUUCAUUAACCAAGAUGAUCAGUGUUUUUGCAUGCACUAAUGCGGGUACAUAACUGCUUUCCCUUUAAAGGGUGGAGCUGGACCAAGCCCCUCCUCUUUGCAGUGAGAAUGUGUAAUUCACUCUGUUUACAGAAAUAAGACAGUCAACCUGUCUCUAUUUUGUCUGUGUAGCCUGUUUUGUUAUGCUGUGUUACUUGCUGUGUGUUCUCAGUGUAUAAUGAGCAAUAUCCACAGUCUGACUGACCAAUCAAUGAUCAGACCCUUUACCACAUUUGAUCUGAAUUUCAUGCCUGUGUUGCAAAUAAAAGGCAAAACUAAACUAAUUUAGCGCAAGUGUUUGUUUGCUGCCAAUUAUUUUACAUUGAUGCAAGGCAGCUUCAGGGGGUCAAGGUGUGGCUUGUUAGUUGCGGCAUUGACUCCCACUGGCAUAUGCUGUGACUACCAUUAUGCAAAAAACGAAAACAGAAAAAAGCAUCGUUCUCCUCUGACAAAUAAUGAAAGGUAAAACUUAAAUCACUUUAUUUUAGCAUUGGCAUUUUGCUAGCUAUAAUAUACAGUAAUUAUUCUUAUGUUUUCAGAGGUUUGCCUUACAAAAUCAUAGGAAAAGAAAACAUUCCAGAACAGAGUGCAAAAGGUGUCAGUCUACAGGUUAGAGAAUGUCCCAUUGACUCCUCCUGAAAAUAAAAUGGCAUUAUAAUUG